AUGGUUAUGGAGCCUCAGCAUCAGACGCUCCAAUUACACGCCACGGUGCCAUCAAGAGUACAUACCUACAUAAAUGUACCAUGGACCACGCAGGGCAUGGAACUUGGUUAUCCACGAUGUCCCGGUCAGGUUCAGAAAUCUACUAUACUUCCUACUGAGAAAACCACCAUGUUCCGCACCAAAGUCUCUCGCCACAUCGUCAGAUCCAGCAGCAGUAGUGUCCGGCUACCACCGCGAUCCUCUCCCCGUCAAUUCUCCAGCUCCCCAAUCGCCCGGCAAAAAGUGCCCUUCCGGAUCGACGCCGAAGGCACAGGAGUCGCCCAGACGGUCUCCGUCCAGGGAAGCCCGCACAAGAUCUCCGUGGACGCAUAUCCAUCCUUCGGCGGCAAGGACACCGCCCCGACGCCACUCGCCUACUCGCUCACGAGCCUGAGCUCCUGCUCCCAGGUGACCGGCUCCCUCGUGGCCAAGGACCUGGGCAUCAAGCUCGGCAAGUGGCAGGUCACCGUCAAGGGGGACCUGGGCACGGACGUGCUGGUCAAGGGCGAGCAGGGCAACGCCAACUGGGACAAUGUCGAGCUGCAGGUGCGCGUCCAGACGGACGUGCAGGGCGACGACGCCAAGUUCCAGAAGUUCGCCGAAGAAACCGAGCGGAGGUGUCCGAUCACGCAGCUGUUUAAGCGCAGUGGAGCUGGGUGGAAGAGUCAGUGGGUGAACGAGCCUCUGUGA